GCUCGCUAAUUUCAUCAUUACAGGCGGCAGUAGCCUGGAGGACAGCUUUCGGCGCUGCCGGCGAUACCACAGGCUCUCUGCGGCGAGACUGCGGCGGCGGUGGCAGCGCGAUGUAGGAAGGUCUUACUUUAGGCUGCUCCUCCUGUCGACAGCCACAGAGGCUCUGGCGGUUGCAACCGCAUCAGAGGCGACGCAAAUGGACAGCCUAGAAGAGGGCAAAAGGAGACUAGCGAGCUUUGUUGCAAAAGCUAGGGCAUCAGUAUGCUCUCCGUCCGGGCUAGGGCAGUAUCCUCUUCUGUCCGGGUCGGCGCUGCGGAUUGCAGGGAGAUGGGAACGAAGGCGAAGAGAAGAUUGUCUCUGCGUUCGUUGUUUUGGAUUUCGCUAAAAUUUACUCCUUUUCCAAGGAAAGCAAGUUCUGGAAAAAAAGAUGCAACUGUGGAACAUGAAAAUGCCGGAUUUCAAGCCGUUGCUAGUGCUGGUGACCGUGAUCUGCUCAAGCAAGAAAAUUUUCCUAAAUACACAGAAGAAAAAUCAUGCUCAACAUCCUCUCCUUCAAGCACUUUAUUAGGAAAAGACAUCUUCCAAGUGCAUACAAGUGAACUCAACAAACAACAUACCAAGCAUCCUGAUGAGAUUCCAAGAAAGGAUGUACAUUCUUCUCAUGGAGCAAAUGCACAAUUCAAGGAAGGACUACAAUCUUCUAGUCAGCAGGAAGUUAAAAUUGUAGGACUGGACAAGAGUACAACUACUUUUCCAAGUAAAGAGCCUAUUGAAAAACCAUCUCCUCAUAUAUCUGGCACUAAUCCUGGGUUUGAUAAUGAUGCCCAGAUCGGGAUAAAGGAGUCUCCUCCAGUUCAGUUAAUGGGAAGAUAUGAUGUUCCAGAUCCAAACCGGAUACCUGCUUCUAUAUUCACUAGGACAACCACUUCACAAUUGGAAUGGAGUGUAGCUUCUAACGAAUCAUUGUUUAGUAUCCAGUUGGGAAAGUCUGGAGAUCUGACUGGUCUCCAUGGCAGUCAAAUGGAUGUCUGUCCAUCAAAGAGUUUUGGACCUGAAUCUGUACAACCUACAAUUGAAUCUGAAUUAAAAGAUGCUGAAUCCAUUAAGAAUGUUGUGAAGCCAAUCGCUGAGGAGAAGUCCAUGAGACAAAAACCUAUUAUUGCGGAGCACAUUUCUCAUUCCGAUAGUGCAUCUCAGUUUUCUGAUGGUGGAAGUGUUCGAUCUUUUGCAUUUCCAAUAUUGACAGAAGAAAGAAAUGGAUCUUUGGCAGGUGAUUUAGUGCACCCAGUGCCCAGAAAAGAUGAAUUGCCGAAUUCUCCGACACAAUCAAAAAUUCCGAAAGCAGAGCCUGCUCCGAAGGUGGAAUCUCCUAAAGCUGAACCAAUUGCAGCUCACAGAACAUGGUUCGCAUGGCCUUCUUGCUUUUCUCAUUUUACACUCCAUUGUUGUCGAGGUUAGUUAACAGCAUCCAGAAUGCUCCUUCAAAUCUGUGCCUGAUGCAUCCUCUUGUUACCAUGCUGGCCAACAAAUUAUUAUUAAGCUUAUUAUUGUCGGAUCUGAGUAUAGCUAGCCACCAUAUGUAUAUUUCAAUCGGGUGGCAGAUUGCAUUUUGAUGCCAUAUAGACGUUCAAAAGUGCGUGCUGAUGUUUUAAGUAGAAUUGUAAGU